AUGGUCAGUUGGCACCGGAGCCAACCUCUGGAUGAGACAGAUCCUUUCGAAGAUGAAUCUCUCGAUUGGACACCUUCAGAGCUGGCACGUGAAGAGCGCCGACUGAUUGAUGAACGCUCUGAUGGGACUCCUUCAGAGGUCGAUCCUAGGGAACCUACUGAGGUAGCAGCCCGUUGGCGAUGCUUGGUUUGUCGUUCUGCAGCUUGGAGCUGGGACUAUGAGAUGGGUUUCUAUAAGUGCAGCCAGUGUGGAAGCUGUGAUUUCUAUGACGAAAACCGGCCGACCAAGCUGGAAACACAAUCAGGCACUUGGAUGUAUGUCCCUCACAGUCCAAGUUCAGCGGGCAGUGGCGACUGUUCGGGUGACGCUGGGCGUGACAUUUCCGCUCAAGGCUCCCCGAUGUCUGCUGGCGAGGGCUUAGGUCAGAGUGGCCCCAAGACGGCUCGUGGCUUUCCUCCAGAUGGCAAUUCUGGUGGAAGAUCCGAGACGCCUGAGAGUGAGGCACCAACCUAUGACCCGGUCGUCAAUCCAGAUGGACCUUUUCAUCAGGCAAGACGCCGACGCAGGCGAGCAGGUGGUUCAAUGAGUGGAGCUAGCGAGACACUACAACGACCUCACCUUCCUGAUGCUGCGGUUCAACGAGAUGAUCCUCCUAACCGAGCCCAACGCAAUGAUGACCGAGAAGACAUGCUGUCAGUGAUGCGACAGCUGUUGGACGAGAAGAAGCAUUUCAACACAGGCAGCGAGGUCUCAUGGAACAGUCUGCGGGGUCCCGCUCCUGGAGUUCGAUGGAGAGGUGGCGCUGCACCACUUCCACCAAAGUGGACGUACCAGCAGUCGGACCUCAGAGCUUUUGCCAAGUUUGAGCGCAAAGUCCAGACUUGGGUGCUGCAGGCGAAGAGCUUCAUGACAGCUUCAGAGAUGGGAUUGGCUUUGUAUACCUCACUACAGGGUGAGGCAGAAGCAGAAGCCGAACAUUUGGAUUUGAAAAGAAUCAACGACAAGAAUGGCGUCAACUACAUCCUUGAGGAGCUGAGGGGGCCUUUGCAGCAGAAAGUUCUGUUUCAGAAACGCAAGCUUCUUGCAGACUUCGAAGGCGUUAGACGCCAUGGCAACGAGACUGUGCGACAGUACGUCAACAGGUACCGUCGCAUUGAACGAGACCUUCAGACUGUUGGCAUUGAGACCAGCACUAUGUACGACAGUGAGGCCCGAGGCAACAGAAUCAUGGAGCGAUGCCAGUUAUCACCUGACUUGCAAAGAUUGGUGAUGAUCGGGGCCGGAAACAGCCUUGACUAUGCCAAGAUCACCGAAUCCAUGUUUUUGCAGUUCCCGGACUUCAAGCCGACACCACCGAUUUGGAUCACUGGCGGGAUUCGACAAGCACAUCAACAGGGAUCAGCUUCAUCGUCUUCAAGCUCAUCCUCAUCCAAAGGCUCUACGGGGUCAUUUAGGUCUUCGUCAACAUCAGCUUCAUCUGGAAAGGGCCGUUUCACAGGAAAAGGGAACACGCCAAAGACGUAUCCCUACGGCAAGGGCCCUCCUCGUAGCGUCUUCCAAACGGAACACGAAGCUGGAGAAGAUGAAAAGCCAGAUGAAGCUGAAGAUGAUGAAUUUGAAGAUCCGCAGGAACCCAAUGAGAAUGACGAGGAGCUGGAACCAAUCCCUGAAGGCGAUGAAGACGCCGACGGUGAUGGCGAUGAACCUUUAGAUGUCAAUGCCUUAGCCGAUCUUGCACAGGUCCUCACCGUCACCUCCAAGAAGCUUCAGGCUUCAGUGCUGGGAAGGAAGUUUACCAACAGAAAAUCGAUCGAAGAACGCAAGCGCACCAGCACGUGCAGUGCGUGUGGUCAGACCGGCCAUUGGGCUGGCGACGCUGCAUGUAGCGUUUCAGCACAGAAGCGCGACUCAGGUGGAAAAGGAUUCAAGAGCGGUAGUGGGGGUUCGUCUUCCUUUUCAUCUACAUCCUCACAUGCCCAGAAGAAUAUCAAGAAAGCCUAUGUCGUGGGCAUUCAGCACCACCAGCAUGAACAUGAACAUGAACAUGAUGAUGAGAUCACUCCGAGCCCUUCUACCACUUAUUUUUCUUUUACCACCGUUUCUGUUUUUGGCGCUGAUUCAACAUCCACUACAUGGGUAACGGAAACCAUUGACCUUGGGGGCUUCAUGGUGUUGGACACGGCAUGCCAACGUUCAUGUUGUGGUGAAGUUUGGUUGAAAACACACGACAAGAUCCUCAACACAUACCACCUCCAAGUCAAAAAGGUGGAUGCAACAGACCACUUUCAAUUCGGCUCAGGCAAGCCGAUCGCAGCUGCAGAGCGUGCCUAUUUCCCGGUCCAGAUGGAAGGCCAGGAGACCAAGGGAAUCGUUUUUGGUGCAAGUGUUUUACCAACAAACAUUCCGUUUUUGGCAAGCAGAACUCUCUUGGAACGUUUGGGUUGCAUCAUUGACAUGUUCACGAAGUGCAUCACAUUUUCCAAUUUGGGAGUGACAUUGCCUUUGACACAUAGACAUGGGCACCUUGCAGUUUGUAUUGUGAAGUUUUCAGAUGAAAUUGCGCGUCAUCCAUGCUGGAAGCAACUUUCCAAUCCACAUCUUUGGCAAGAUCCUGAUCCUGAGCUUUUACAUGCACCUGGAGCUUUUAACAAAGGCUCAAUUCGUGACCUUCCCCUGCAAGCGCUGCUACCGGCUGAUGUUCCGGCAGACUGCGCCAGAAUGGCUGAAGCGAUGGGAGAUGAUGUUCAUCAUGGUGAUGACCCUGCGGCUCAAUGCUUUCAGGGCAAUGUCAAAGAUGGUGAAGUUCGGCCUGGCAAGCCGCCAAUGGCUGACAAUGUGGGAGCAUAUGGCCGAGGUGGAAGCACAAAGACGCGAAGUGAUGAGGCCGGUGACAUUGGCCAACCCGGCGACGUGCACUCACCCAGUGUGCCGCCGCUACGGGAACAUCCACGGCUCUUUCAGCCGAUGCAAGCGGUGCGGCCAGAGGUUCAAAUGGGACCAAGACCAAGAAGGAUGGCAACUUCAUGGAGAGGCGCCAUCGCAAGCUUCUUCGCACUUGCCACCGCCCUCAUCUUCCACAAUCCUGGCGAACCCUGGAACGAGCACGGGCAGGACUUCAAGAGCUUCGAGAACUACGACUUCGAAAGCCCGCGCCAAGCCCAAGGCGAAAGCAGUUCCAGUGGCCUACAUGCCAGCUUUGGACCCGGCGGAGGAUUGGCCAGAGACGUGGGACCCAGAAGCUUUCCCACCAGAGUCGGAUGGGGGCGAGGACGGGUUUCAACCGUUCGACAUCGCCAUGGACAUCCAGGACUUCACGUGAUGGAUGAUGAAGAAGAGAUUGAUUGGUGGGAGGUUGACAAAAACACAGUUUCAAGGAUCCACAACAUCCCACGCAAAAGACUCUUCAAUGUGAAUGACCUUUACCAGGGCGAUCCAUGUCCAGUGCAUGUGAGACGGUUGUGCACGGAAUGCACAGUUGAAAUGUUGUAUGAGGAUGGCAGGACACAGGUGAUGAACUAUGACUGGAACGUGUCCGGGGCAUCCAGCAUGAAACAACUCUGGAUUGGAAAGACCACUUUUCGUCUUCACCCACAGCCACAACAAGGUUUUUCGACCAACUUGGAACGGAAGAACUUGCGACAUGCUGUGCGCCAAGCGGCUCAAAUACUCCAAGUUGAACAUGAUGUGAUGAUGGCCGGCACUACAUCCACCUCACCUUUGACCUUGUUGAAGAGCAGGCCACGGGUGGAUUUGCUGGAGACCUUCGCAGGACGGGCUGGACUGACCUUGAGGGCAUCUCGCUUUGGCCUGAAAGCGCUUCAGCCCAUUGACUAUAACACCGGCUAUGACUUGGAGAAACUCACACACCAACAACAUGUGGAUUUUCUGCUUGACCGCUUCAAGCCUCUCUUCCUUGUGCAGGGCAUUGAAUGCAAAGAUUGGUGCCUACUUCAGGACAACACCAACUACGUGAGGCGCAAGAUCCUGCUGCUCAUGCGGAGAGAGAAGGCCAGAAAAGUUUUGCGGCGAGUUGUCCGCUGGUGUGUGAAACAAGCUGAAGAAGGCCGAUACUUUCUUUUGGAAAAUCCAGCAACAAGCCGCCUUUGGCUUGAACCAUUGGUGCUCAAACUCCUACGACUUCCUGGAGUUUACUUUGUGGUGUGCCAUUCAGGGGCCUAUGGUGGAACCAACUCAAAGGGUCAGAUGAUUAAGAAGAGCUUCAAGUUCCUUGGCAACUGUCCCCAUGUACUUGAGCGUUUGACCAGGAAACUUGAUCCAGAGCAACUUCAACAAUGCGUCCCUUUGGUUGGAAAAGAAACCACUCUUUCGCAGCAUUAUCCUGAUGACAUGAUCAAACAGAUUUUGCACGGCAUCAAGCGCACUGCUGAGCAAUUUGAUCCAGACCGGUUUCAAACCUCUUCUACCAUGCGUUUUCAGGUGAUGGCUGUGAAUACGACACCACAAGAUUGGAUGCCUGUUUUUGAAUCUGCUCAAAGGUCUUUUGAUAUGACACGUCAGAGAAGCUACGUGUUGCCAACCUCAGAUGUCACUUGGAGGAUGGUUCAACAACUUGUGCAAUGGCAUCGACUUGAACGAGUGCAGAUUGCCUUUCAACCUACGAUGCUGCGCUUGCCACUGCACAUCCCCCACACACAUCGUGGGUGUGCCCUUCUCUACAACGAGCAGACCGUGGAGGUUGUUGAAGAGGACCUGGCAGACAUCAGACAUCCACGUGCCAAGUUCAGGAAACCAGUGAACAUUGGCGUGUUUUUCUUUGGCUAUGCGGCAGCCGACAGAAAACCUGAGUCAGCACAACCUGAGAUGCAACAUCCACCGCGAGAACCAGUCGAAGAUGAUCCACAAGUCAUUGUGGCUAGCAACACAACUGGGAUCUCCUUUCCAAAGAUGCCUGGCUUGUCGCAAGACAUCAAGACGGCCUUGUCGCGGCUACACCGCAACCUAGGCCACCCUCAUGCCAACGAGUUGAAGAAGAUGCUUGCGAUGAACGGCAUCAAGGAUCAGAAGAUCUAUGACGCCAUUGAAAGCCUCACAUGUGAAUCUUGCUUGCGUGUGAAAGGACCUGGUAGACCAGAACCUGCAGGUAUCCCUCAAGAUGUUAGCUUGCAAUUUGGUGACGUUGUGCAGAUGGACCUCGUCUAUGUCAGGGACAUAACGUCCACCAACCACAUCUUCCUGGGCAUCAUAGAUGAAUGCACUCACCUUCAUAUGGCAUUGCUUUUGUCUGACCGCAGCCCAGAGGAGGUAACCUUCAAGUUCACAACACAUUGGGCAAGAUCGUUUGGCUAUCCACUCAAAAUCAAAGCUGACCCUGAUGGGAGUUUACGAGGCUUCUUCGAGGAAUCCAUGGACCAAGCUGGAACCUUUUUGGACUAUGUGCCGGCUGAGAACCACUCCAGGAUAGGCCUCAUAGAGCGAGACAAUUCAACACUGCGAGAAUUGAUGGAACGCACCAUCGACAGCAGAGCAGUCGUUGGACCAGAAGCCAUGGAGCUAGCUGCAGUUGCCGCUUGCUUUGCAAAGAACUCAUGCACAUGGUCUUCUGGCAGGCCACCUUUUGUUGCGGCUUUCGGAAGGGUGCCUAGAAUGGGCAUGAAUCUCCUCUCAGACAAGCAUGGUUUGAUUGCUGGAAGAACCCGAGAACAAGCCCAACGAGAAGCUGACUACUUGCGUGCCGAAGCACAGCAGCAUUUGUCAGCUAUGAGUGUGGAUAGCAACCUUCGACGUGCCUUGCUGCGCAAGUCAACUCCAAAUGAUCCUCAAGAACUACCAGUGGGCUCCAUUGCUGCCUACUGGCGAUGGACAGCCAAGUCAGGCAAGAAGCGAGGAGGAUUCAAGUUGGCUCGCGUUUUGGGCCGUGAUCCCGACAACAAAAGCAUGUGGUUGCAAGCAGGCACAAACACCGUGAAGGUGUCACCUCAUCAAGUACGACCAGCACUUGGAUUUGAGCACUGGAAUCCUUCAUAUCAGGACAUCAAAGCUCUUAGGACAGCCGCUGACAACCUUCAGCAUGGAGUUUUUCAAGAUGAACAACUUCCACAGCCACCUGAAGGACAAGAGCUACCUGGCUUUGAUGAAGUUCAACCUCAAGUACAAGUGCCACCACCACUUGGUGUAGGAGAUGACGAACCUGAAGCACCUGGGGUCGAGCUUAUUCCAGUGCCUUCCACGCCAAGACCUGUUUCAGUACCACAAUUACCUCAACAACAAUUAACUGAAGAAGCUACACAAACAGAUCCAUACCAACAAACUACAAUCAACAUGAAUAUGUCAUCACCAACAUAUCGCCAAACCAUCAUCCAGAAACAGUCCUUUGGCAUGACUGAAGCACAACAAGCUCAACCACGAGUCAAUAUCCCUGUGCGCAAACCACACAGGUCGAGGUCAAAGACGCCAGCCAGGCAACUACGUGACCCAGCUUUGACAAGUGGAACACCUCUACCUGCGACACCACGACAAUCGCAAGGUGAACAAACUUCAGUGCGACAGUCACAUGCUGAACCUCUUUCAGAGCAACAACCAGGACCUUCUUCAGUGCAACAGCUGAGCGGUUCACCUUCUGCAUUGGCCUUGCCCAAUCCAGCGGGUGCCGCAACACCACCUUUGCCUGAAAUGCCUCCGACAGAUGUCAUUGAGGUUGCAGACAAUGAUGAUGAUGAUGCAGCAGUUCAACAGGCUUCACAACAAGCCGUGCCUUCAAGCUUAGCUGCAGCAGACGAGAUUGGUCAACAGGCUCCAUCAACACCGGAAGCCUUGAAGUUGACACCAGCCAAAAGAACCUUUCAAGAAGCUGCAGCCGAGGGGCCUUUUGAUGUUUCAAUUUUACAAUCCACUCAAGAUGAGAGGGUUUUGAAUUCAUUUGCAAAAGACCACUGCAUUGACUUUGACAUCAACGAUGUCGACGGCAUCACCCGCAUGACUGAUGGAUUUGAUGGAUCUCCUGAGGUCCAUAUGCCAUAUGCCAGCAAGACCUUCAUGGCAGCCUACCGCAAGGACACCAACUACACUGGCAAUGGCGACAGUGAUGAAUCAGAUGCCGAGGUUGAGGAUCUCCGUGGACCGCGAGAUGCCAUUCCACCUACCUUGACUCGGCAGGAGAAGAAAGCUUUGGACAAAGAGAUACCUUGGCAGACCAUUCUCAACAUGGAUGACAAGACCAUCCAGGCCUAUGUCGAUGCUGCCAAAGCCGAAGAAGUUUCAUGGAUGCAGUUCAACUCUGUGAGACCUGUCCCUCGAGAAGAAGCACGCCGCAUCCUCAACGACAAGGUGAUGCGCAAGCGCGUUUUGAGAUCGCGCGCGGCAUUCAGAGACAAGUCAAGAGGGGUCGGACCUUUGAAACCAAAAUGUCGAAUUGUUGCCGUGGGGUGCACAGAUCCAGACCUAUGGACGUUGCAGAGGGAGAGUGCCACACCCACAAGGCAGUCUGAAUUUUUGGUUUUUGCAAUCUUCAUCGCUGGCAGAAACGGCAAGAUGAUGGGCAAUCCGAUAGCAUGCUGGACCUUGUGGGCAGGUGAUGUGAAGACUGCCUUCCUUCAGGGCGAACCAGAACAGCGUAGCAUGCCCUUGUUUCUCUUACCACCGACAGAUGGCAUUUGCAAGCAGGCGAAGAUCUUUGAGAACGCCGCGCUUUUGGAGGUGGUGGGAAAUAUUUACGGAUUGGCCUCAGCCCCAAGGACAUGGCAACUCCACGUCGUCAAGAUUCUCAAGAGGAUUGGAUAUCAACAAUCCAGUCUUGACAAGAUGCUCUUUUACUACUACCAGAAGUUUGACGGCGAGAGCCAACCAACACUAUGCGCCGUUGUGGUCGUCUAUGUCGAUGACUUUCUCAUGGCCCACGACAUGCGCUAUGACAGAAGCCACUUGCUCAGCCAGUUCAAGUGGGGCAGCCAGAAUGAGCUUUCGCUGGAGAGCCACUUAGACUUCAAGGGCAAGAAGAUCUCCUUGAAGUAUGACAGCUCCUCCAACGAGUAUCAGCUCAAGCUCGACCAGGAGAAGUUCAUAUCUGAGAUGAAAGGCGGAACUGUUUCUAAAAAGAUGUUUAAAGAAACCCUGAGCACCGCCGACCUGGGAGAGUUCCGUAGCGUUUCUGGGUGCUUGCAAUGGCUGGCCGGUCAGACCCGACCAGAUGUUGCUGCCAUCGUUAGCUUGUGCAGCAGGGGUGCCAAGUCGACCUAUGAGGACUUGCACAACAUGUACAUGGCCGUGGAACAUUUGCACCAGACCAAGACCGACGGCUUGAUCCUGCGACCUGUGCCCAUCGAUUACUCCACCAUGGUAGUUAGCUAUGCAGACUCAAGCUGGGCGAACUCAGUCGGCUUUGCAAGCCAACAUGGUGCACUGAUCAUGCUGGCGAGCCCGAAGGCGACAGACGUGAUUGAAGCAGGACUUUUGGUAGACUGGAAAUCAUCACGUUCAACAAGAGUGUGCAGAUCAACGCUGGCAGCGGAAGCUUCGGCAGCUGACAUGAGCGUCGACCGCUCAAGCUUGGUGAACUAUAUGCUGAGCGAGCUCUUACUGAACCGGCCGGCGUUUCACAUUGCCAGUUGUGAUUUACUCCGAAUGGUUCAGGCAACAGACUGCCAUUCGCUGUAUGACGUUUUGGUCAGUGAAAACCCUCGAACAGAGGAUAAACGCACAAUAGUCACCAUUAGAUGCAAGCAGGAGAAACUUGAAGCCAAGGCUGGUAAGUUCAGCUACAAGAGUGUGCGCAACUGCCUCGUCACAUCCUUGAAGGAGGAAACCAUCCGUCAGAAGAAGACUGCAGUGGGUGGCACAUACCUUCCCCUGAGCGUCUAUAAGCAAAAGGGCUACAAUGUGGAUGAUGGUAAACCGCCUUGGCUGAGGCAGAUCCUUCGAAUGUGGCUCAACAUGGGCUGUCCCAGGGAUCAACGUUCCUUGCGCGCCCUGCCGUACGACUACGACGAGGAUGAGAAGAGGAUGGUAGGGCAAGACCUGGAGGAUGCCCUGGGCAUCAUCACCGACGACGAGGAGGACCGGAAAGGCGCCGAUCGACGGGUGAUCCUCGUGCAGGACUGCAAAGCGAGGCCGGAGCUGAAUGGCAAAUACGAACGUUCGUCCGACCUGAUGGCCAACGGCCGGCCCGUCUUCGAAAAGAAAGCCGAAGUCAGAAAUCGAAAAGGCAAAGGCAAAGGCAAGGGAAAACAUGAUGCCAACGAGAUGAAGAGAUUGCUGAUGCCUCAUAUGUUGGAUGAUGAUGACAUCACCGUGGAAGUCAUGGUGAUCCACUACCUGAAGGAUUCCAAGGGCAUCAAUACUGGCUGGUGGAUCAGGAAGAAUUCCUGCACAGGUCCAGGCCUGGCCUGGAACGGGCGCGAUACCAAGGGCCCUCCCACGGGUGGAUGGUUUGUGAUCCGCGAUCGCCAGAAGCUGCCGGAUCCAGUCUUCAUCAUCGAUCCAAAGCAAGCGAACGACGAGAACUUUGUAAAGAAGCGCAAGAACGAGGGUGCGCGAGCACUGGAGCAGCUGGAUGGGAACAAGUUGAAGGGAAAGCUGCUGACGCCCGACAAGAGUAUCAUGUCAGCAGAGUACUUUGGACACUUCUGUAUGCUGAUGCACCUGGAACAUAUGGAGGAGCUGCGCCAAAUCCGGCGCCGCACCGAGACCAUGCAAGACGCGGAGCUGCAACGCCUGGGAUGGACCCUGGAUGGCUUGCCGUGUAUUGGUAUUUUUGGUCGUCGCGACCCAAAGAAGAAUACCAUUAUUGGCUGGGAGGAUCCAGGGAGCGAGAUGGGCACCUUGCAGCUGCCGCCCAACACCCAGUUCGAUCGCUUGAAAUUCAAGCGCGGUGACUCUGUGAUCAUCAGCGAAUCCCGUCAGCAAGUGCGGGUGAAGGGUGAAGCCCUGGAAAAGUUGGGUGAAGGCUUCAUCGCAGACAUCCAGCUGCCCCGGGGCCGCGAUGGAGAGAGCAAGAUGAUCAUCCGACUGCGUGGCUGUUGGCCAGAUGAUUCCAUGGCCCGACGCUGGCGCAUCGACAAGGGCGCGAACAGUACGCUCUACGAACGUCAGUUGCAGGCCAUGUUGAACUUGGUGAACAAGGGGAAGGACCCAGUGAUUACUGGUCUCGGGAUGCCUGUGAAAGACCUCCAAGACCUGGGCCGAUGCGCUGAAGAUCAUCUCUUAGACGCGUUCUGGGGGGCUUGGCGGUCUGGUGUUCCCAAUCUGUAUCAUCCUGUAGAUGCACUCAGGCCCGAGCUUCUCAUCUCGGCCAAGGUGGGCUUAGCCGAUAGCUGGGCGAAGCAGUGGCGCAAGGGCCAAGGAGUGACGGAUGAGGACAAGGAGCUCGCUGCCAAGGCUGCAGAGCAAGCGGAGAAAGACGUCUUGCGCGAGAAGGAGGCCGCCAAGCUGGCUCGUCUGAAUCCCGGCGGAGCGGACGGUGACAAAUUGGACCAUGCCUUGAAGGAGGUGGCAACGCUAACGCACCUGAACUCCUCGCAGCGUGCAGCGGUGAAAUGUGCCUUGCGCUCGACCUGCACGGUGAUUCAGGGCCCGCCGGGGACUGGAAAGACGCACGUGUCAGUUCAGAUCAUGAAAAUGUGGUCCAAAACCCUGGAUUUGUCGCCUCUGCUCGCGACCUCGGACAGUAACCCGGCGGUGGACAACAUCGCCAUCGGCCUGCGAAAGGAAGGCGUGCGCGCCGUGCGCGUGGGACGACCAGAUAAGAUCAAUCGAAUUUUGGAGGAGAUCACGUUGGAGUGCCUCUUGGACAAGGAAAAGGAGGAGAUGAAGAAUCGGCAAUACGAAGCGCGCUUCAAGUCGCGUUCCCGGUCCAAGACGGGCAGCCCGCGGCGGAAGAAGGUCUCGCACUCGAGAUCCAGGUCAAAGUCGGGCCCACGUCGGGGUUUGAAGGGGAAAGGAAAAGGAAAAGGCAACGUGAAGAACGAUUUCGAGCUGCAGAUGAGAAUUCUGCAGGAUGCAGAUGUGAUUUGCACUACGACUAUUUCAUCCGGUGGUGAUUUCUUCUCCAAGUUUGCCUUCGCGGGGGUCCUUAUCGAUGAGGCGGCACAGGCCACAGAACUGGCUGCCAUCGUCCCUCUGAUCCUGCGAGGAUCGCAACGCCUGGUCCUGGUGGGAGAUCAAUGUCAGCUGCCACCUACCGUGCAGUCGACGGAGGCAGAAGAGCGCGGUCUGUCCCUGUCGCUCUAUUCUCGCAUGGUGGACUCAGGAGGUUUGACCCCCUUCCUACUGGACACGCAGUAUCGAAGUCAUCCCGUGAUCGCUGAGUUCUCCGCACGGACCUUCUAUGCUGGCAAGUUAAAGUCUGGGAUCAAGAACGAAGACCGGAAGCAGAUCAGAGGUUUGCCCUGGCCCAACCAUCAGUCGCCCAUUGCCUUCCUACAAUCUGAUGGUCAAGAAGAGGAGGAGGGCGAAUCCAAGUACAACCCCACUGAAGCUGAGUUGGUCCAAAGACUUCUGCAGGACGCGUUCUUCCAAAGAGAAUUGGAGAUCACGGAGAUCGGUGUUGUGACACCCUAUGUUGCACAAGUGCGUCUCCUCAAAAGGAUGUGCAAGCAGGUUAUUCCAGAAGGGAUGGACCCAGAGUUGCUUGAGAUCGCCUCGGUGGACCAGUUCCAGGGUCGAGAGAAGGAUCUCAUCAUCUUCAGCGCUGUGCGAUGCAACAGGAUCGGCAAUGUUGGCUUCUUGGCCGACUGGCGCCGGCUGAAUGUCAUGCUUACACGCGCGCGGCGUGGCAUGGUAGUGGUGGGCAAUCCGCGCACCCUGAAAGCGGACGAACAUUGGGAGAAGUGGCUGCAAUUCUACGAAAAGGUCGCCUCAGGAAGAGCUCGAUCGCCGAGCCCUUCCAGGAAGAAGCAGGAGGUGCCCAUCAAUGAGACUGAAGAGGAGAAGGAGGCCCGAUUGAAGAAGGAACGUAUCGAAGCCGCCCGAAAAUUGUCGAUGGCGAUUCGAUUUCCUGGGCUGGCCAUGGCACAGCAAAAGAAGAAGGCCAUGGCGGCCAUGGCGGAAAGAAGGGAAAUCAUUUUUCCAAGCCGGUUUUUGGGGUUCAAUGUUAAUUUAGGGGGUUCAGAUGUUAUUGUUGCAUGUACACACACACAUACACACACACAUGUCACAUAUAUAAUAUAUAUACAUAUAUAUAUAUAA